AAGAGUCAGCUUACUCUGCAGUUAACUGAGAUGAAUCCUUUGCAGUUUGCAAGGUUGACGUGGGUAUAUUAAUGGACGAGUCUGGCAGCGUCCAUAAUAAAGAAUUUGAGAAAGAGAAGAACUUUGUCAAGGCCUUGGCUGGUCAUUUCCAGUUCGGUCCCAGUGCCGCGCAGUUUGGCGUCGUCACCUACAGCACAGGAUCACAGCUGGAUAUCGCUCUCAAUCGAUACCGCGAUCUUGCUUCCUUUCAACGCGGAGUCAGUGCAAUACGAUAUCACGGUGGAUGGACCCAUACUGGAACCGCAUUGAAGCUGGCUUACUCUCAACUGUUUAGUUCUGGCAAAGGUGCACGUGCAAAUGUUGCCAAGGUAUUAGUUAUUAUCACAGACGGAGAAAGCACAGGAGGAAUGAAGACUUUGAUGGACCCGAUCAAGAGGCUGAAAGAAUCUAGAGUGAACAUCAUUUCUAUUGGCGUGGGUCAUAAAACAAACAAACACGAAUUGAACUUCAUGGCUUCCUCCCCUGCUAACACGCACGUGUUCUCAGUCAAUAAUAUGGAUCAGUUAAGGGCUCUGAUUGGCUCUAUCACUUCAUCGUCGUGUUCGACGUAUAAUUGCCGUUAUGUGACUUGUGACUAUAACCAGUGGAGUUCAUGGUCAGCUUCAUGCGGAGUCGCAAUGAAACGUACCCGGGGAUUGUCCAAGGUCAACGAACAUUUCAUUAAACGGCAGGGAGGCUGCUCUGGACUCAAAGUCACGUGCGACGCACAGGAGACUGAAACUAAAACGACAAACUGUCCUUGUGUCAUUGUCACGUGUUCCUGGAACUCAUGGGGCAGUUGGUCUUCUACCUGUGGAAAAAUGACACGCCAGCGUACCAGCAAGGUCACGCAAUCUAUCAUCAAUCGACCCAACUGCAAUGGACUGCAGUCAACGUGUCCCAAACCGGACGUACAAUCUCUCUAUGUCUCUUGUUGUAAGGGUGAACUGGGUAUCUUAAUGGACGAAUCAGGUAGCAUCAAAGAUAAAGAUUUCGAGGAAGAAAAACAAUUCAUCAAAGAUCUGGCAAACGGCUUCACUAACUUUGGUCCGAACGGGAUGCAGAUGGCAGUAAUAUCUUACAGCACCAAUGCUAAUCUUGAUAUCAAGCUCAAUCAGUACUCUAACAAGAUGCAGUUCAUAAACGCUGUACGAAAAAUCAAACAGUUUAAGGGUUGGACUUACACCAAUAAAGCUCUAAUCGCCGCCAAGAAUCAACUUUUCCAAAAAGCAAAUGGAGCUCGACCUGGUGUUUCAAAGAUUCUUGUCGUGUUAACGGAUGGAGUUAGCACAGGAGGAGAAAAAUCGCUUCGCGAUCCUCUCGAGAACCUAAAACAAAGUUACGUCAAUAUAUUCGCCAUUGGAAUCGGUAGAAAUAUCAACAAACGAGAGCUGGAGAUGAUGGCCACAGCACCUGUCAAAGAGCACGUGUUCUAUGUAGCUACUAUGCAGGAGCUGCAAACUCUGUUGACAAAUAUCGGCGAAUCAGCUUGCAAGAAAUACAAGUGUAGAUACGUCACAUGUGAUUACAGCGUGUGGUCCUCGUGGUCGACCUCGUGCGGUACUGGUAUGAAGAGGAAGAGAACGCUGACCAAACAGAACGUGCACACCAUAGAACAACAGGGGGGAUGUUCGGGUCUUACGACAACAUGUCAAAAGGAAAAAGUGGAAACUAAAAAUUCGCUGUGUCCAUGCAAGUACGUGACAUGUUCCUGGAACUCUUGGGGAGGAUGGUCUGGAACAUGUGGUCAGAUGACUCGACAGCGCACGAGUAAAGUCACGCAACACGUUGUCAACAGACCAAAAUGUAACGGCCUUCAGACAACCUGCCCUGCUCCACAGACGGAGUCGACUUUUAUAUCAUGUUGUAAAGUUGAACUCGGAGUAAUCAUGGAUGAGUCUGGCAGUAUAGAUAGCGAUGACUUUGAUCGAGAAAAGAAUUUCGUCGCGGCCCUUGCAGAUGGCUUUUCUAACUUUGGCCCCAACGGAGUUCAAAUGGCGGUGAUUACAUACGCCACUGCCGCUGACCUUGACAUCAAACUGAGUGAGCAUUCCACCAAGUCUUCUUUCAUGGCCGCUGUUAAGAAGAUCAGGCAAAGAGGUGGAUGGACUUAUACCGGUAGAGCUCUUAAGCUCGCUAAGACAGGACUAUUCCAGACAUCAAAUGGAGCCAGACCAGGGGUAACAAAGAUGUUACUCAUCGUAACAGACGGAGCCAGCACUGGUGGUAUUAAUUCUUUGCGCACUCCAGUAUCAGAUCUCAGAGCCAUGAGCGUGAAUAUAUUUUCGGUAGGAGUUGGGAGAAAUCUCAUUCGGGCAGAGCUGGAAUUCAUGGCUUCAGAACCUAAAGAUUCUCACUUAUUCUUUGUCCGUAACAUGGCAGAGUUACCAAACCUGCUGCACACUCUGGCAAAUUCUUCUUGUCAAGCUUUCAAAUGUAAGUACGUGACAUGUGACUACAGUGUGUGGUCCUCGUGGUCCAGCUCGUGCGGUACUGGUAUGAAGAGAAAGAGAACGCUGACCAAAGAGAACGAGCACGUCAUAGAACUGCAGGGUGGCUGUUCAGGCCUGAAGACGUCAUGUGACAAGGAAGAAUUGGAAACUAAAGAUAUUGAUUGUCAAUGCAAAUACGUCACGUGCUCGUGGAAUGAUUGGAGCUCAUGGUCGGCCACGUGCGGAACCAGUUCCAGGCAAAGAACGAGCAAAGCAACAGAACACGUUAUUAAUAAACCAUCUUGCACUGGACUUCAGACGUCAUGUCCGGAACCUCAACUUGACAAGAGAACAACUAAUUGUCCUUGCAAGAGUGUCAAGUGCACCUGGAAGCCAUGGACGGACUGGUCAGCAACGUGCGGGUUGGCUGAGAGAACACGGUCUAUCCAGACCACUCAAAUUGUAGUACAGCAGCCAGAUUGUUCCGGUCUGCCACAGACCUGUACGCAACCACCGGAAAAGGAACAAAGGAAUAAAACGUGUACAUGUCAGACAGUACAAUGCGAGUGGAGUGAUUGGAGUGAGUGGUCAGCUACUUGUGGCAAUGCCAAGCGAACCAGAACUAUACAAACAACACAGAUAACGGUUCAAAAAGAGAAUUGUGAUGGAUUACCGCAGUCCUGUCCUCAGCCUCCAGAAACUGAACAGAGAACAAAGGACUGCGCAUGUCGCACUGUUAGCUGCAAAUGGGAAGAAUGGUCAUCGUGGUCAACAAGUUGUGGUGUUGGAACGCGCACACGUGAUAUCCUAGAAACUGUUAUAACAGUUAACAAGCCUAAUUGUACUAGCCUGCCACAAGAGUGUUCAGAACAGCCUCAUACGGAGUUACGUGAAGUGAAAUGCACAUGUCCUACUGUGGAAUGUAAGUGGAACGCGUGGAGUGCAUGGUCUGCCACUUGCGGUGCUGCUUCAAGAACAAGGACAAUUAAAACGAUUAAGACAACGGUACAAAAUUUGAAAUGUGAAGGCCUGCCUCAGACUUGUCCUCAACCUCCAGAAACAGAACAACAAACAACAGACUGUAAAUGUAAAACAGUGAACUGUGAAUGGGCUUUGUGGUCCUCCUGGUCGACAACAUGUGGAGCAGGAACUCGAACAAGACACAUUGAAGAAACAGCUGUGGAGGUGUUUAAGCCUGAUUGCAGCGGUCUUCCACAAACAUGCCCACAACCACCAGAAUCCGAUCCACGUAAUGUUACAUGCGAUUGUCAAACUGUCAACUGUACAAAGGGCGAAUGGGAGGCGUGGUCGGCCACGUGCGGACUGGCAACUCGAAAGAGAACAAUAACUACAGAACAGAUUGUGGUACAACAGUCAGGCUGUGAUGGCCUGCCUCAAUCGUGCCCGAGUGGGCCUGAGACAGAGACUCGCAAAUCCAUGUGCACGUGCCAAUCAGUAAACUGCACUUGGGGGGAAUGGGGCAAGUGGUCUGGUGAAUGUGGCGAAGUGAACAGAACACGAAAUAUUGUGGAAACCCAGACAUCUGUUCAGGCCGAGAGCUGUGAUGGAAUUCCCACAAAAUGCACCCAGCAACCGGAAACCAAUAACACUAAACUUCCAGAAUGUAAGUGACGUGAAAUGCUGGAAUUUAUUGAAAAUAAAUUAAGUUAUUGACACGUUACGAGACGUUUCGAUAUCUUUCGAUUGGUUUUCCGAACUUCUAAGCCAAUCAAAUUUCAAACAACAAUACAUCAAUUUAUGACGGUUAACUCGGUCUUUGAUUGAAUAAUCAGUGCGGAA